UAAAAUCCAGAAGCAUCGAUCAAUCAAAAGAACAGAUUUAAAGAUCAACUAAAAUUUCAUAAUCAAACAAGAGGCCGGCUGGUGUACGAUUUGAAGAUCAACCAAAUUUCACCAUUAAAAAAGAGGACAGCUGCUGGUCGUACAAGUAACAAUAGAUUUGAAGAUCGAAUACAAGUAUUCAACCGAUGCAUACUUCCAGCAAAUAUAAAGGCGACAAAAUCAAAAAAAGAAGAGAAAUACUAGUUGAUGUCUUCGUCGUCGAAAUCGUCCUGGAAGGAGUUGUAGAAAUCCGCAUCGGCAAGGCGGUGGAGGUCCAGAAUCGGCCCCUCGCCGAAGAGAUCCAAUGAUGAAUCGACGUCGUCGACGUCCAUCGCCACCGAGACACCGCCGCUCUGCUCCUCCGCCUCCCCGAAGUAAUCCAUCGCCACCGUCUUCAUCGUGCCUCGCCCUGUCGUUUGGUUGCGAUAUUUAUUUCUCCGCUUGAAGCUUUGAUUUGAUGUGACGACUGGGCUUAUUUAUACGGGCUACAACAGAGACGGGCCUUUAGUUAUGGACCUGGGCCGGACCCUUCUACACUAAAUUAGUUAUGACAAAUUUAUAAUAAUAUUUACUAGUAUCACUUUCAAAAUUUGUGCGAGAAAUUAAACUGUGUUUUACUAAUCCAAAAAUAAUUACUGUAGUUCCAUUGAUAAAAAAUACAAUUAAAAAUAAAAUAAAAAAACAAAAAAACUGUUGUAUGGAUUGGCGCUCUUCCACUGCUAGCAGAUAAGGGAGCCUGUGGCAAUGGCGGUGAUAGAGGUGGCGCUUCAUCUCCACGCGCCUCCGUUUCCCUCUCACCGUGCUUCUGUUUUCCUACAUGCUCCAAUCUCCGGUAUCAUUCUCCAUUGCCGCCCACUUUCUGUCUCCGAUCACCGGUUUCUCCUCCUUCGGCAAUGGCCGCUUCAUAUCUGCCAGUGUCGCCGUUGGGACUCCAACGCUGAAUACUAUGCUGCCGACGAAAUUGAGGAUUUCGACGAGGAGUGGACUGCAGCUCUUGAUGAUUACAUCGAUAGCAUCUGGAUAUUAAAGGUGUUUGGAUCGUAUGGUUGGAUGCUUCCACCUAUUUUGUUGUCGCUGCUGCUAGCGAAUGGUCUAAAAGCGUUUCUUCUGGCAUUAGCUCUGCCAAUUGGACAGUCAACUUUUGCAUUUGCCAUAAACAGGUUCCAGAACCGGGGAAAGGACAAGCCAAAGCGUAAAGACAAGGCGAAGAAGAAGCAAAGGUCACGCUUCUAUAGCUCAAGAGAUGCUGGUUCGGUGGAAUCAUCUGAAUACACUUACAACCAAGGGCCACAGAUGAAACAGAACGGAUAUCAGUCAUGGGGUUCCAAAGAUGAUUUUACUACAAGUAGGAAAACUGCAGCCGAUUUUGGUGGAUGGGAUGAACUAGAUUCGGUGAUGGAUUAUAAUGUAGGCUCUCCCAGAAGGGAACCGAGAAAAACGAGUGGGCCACGAGGUACGUCUGCAAAGAAGGGCAGGAAAAGGAAAUUGAGGGAGAGUGAUGGGCCUUUGUUGCUGAGGUUGCUGAUAUCUGUUUUCCCAUUUUUGAGCUCAUGGACUAAGAUGCUAUAGUCGAGGCUAGUUUGCUUCACCGUCUGUUGCUCGAUCCCAGCCAAGAAAAUGGAAAUCUUCAGAUCACAUUAUGCAGAAAGGUUGGUGAAUUGUGGUGUAGUUUCAAUCUGAAUUUGGAUGAUUACUCACACACGGUUGGUUCCUCCAUGAUGGAGUCAGGCAAGGAUCGCGCCCGCAGCACCACCGUUUGUGAUGUUUUAUAGCCAAAGUAAGUUGUUUUCCCAGAUUUUGCUCUCAACUUCACACUUUCUUGAUGACUGACCAUUUUAGUUGUUUGGUAAUUGACAUGGAGAUAUAUAGAGCAACAUAUUAGCAUGUAUUUGCAUAGUAUGAGAUGUCACUUUUAUGGAUUAUGAGUACUGUGUAAGUUGUCUUACAAUCUCAUCACAUGCUUUUGUACAUGUACACACAAAAGUAUGAAUUCUUUAUAGAACAUAAAGGAUGAAAGUAUAUAUUAGUAAAUGUGAGCAAAUUCACAGCCAAUAUGUUGAUAUUUUAAUUUGAGCUCAA